AUGCUUCUGGACGCUGGACCUCAAUAUCCUACUCUUGGAGUGACUACCUUCGGAUCAUCCCGACAUCACUCAACAGGCGAUGUCAACGAUCGAGAAGUGGGGCUGGGGAUAAAUCCUUUCGCUGACGGGAUGGGUGCUUUUAAAAUCAGCCCCAGCACUCACGAUCUCGCAUCGGGUCAAACUGCCUUCACGUCGCAGGCUCCAGGCUACGCCGCAGCUCUAGGUCACCAUCCCAGCCAUGUGAGUUCGUACAGCAGCGCAGCGUUCAACUCGACCCGGGACUUUCUGUUUCGCAAUCGGGGCUUUGGGGAAGCGGCGGCAGCCAGCGCCGGGCACAGCCUGUUCGCUUCGGCGGCGGCUGCGGGCAGUUUUGCGGGACCCCAUGGACAUACUGACGCUGCGGGGCACCUACUCUUCCCGGGUCUUCACGAGCAGGCGACAACCCACCCUUCUCCCAAUGCACAUGUAAUGAACGGCCAAAUGCGCUUAGGCUUUUCUGGGGACAUGUAUGGCAGAGCAGACCAAUAUAGCCAGGUCACUAGUCCCAGAUCGGACCACUACGCCUCCACCCAGCUGCACAGCUAUGGCCCCAUGAACAUGAACAUGGCGGCCCACCAUGGGGCCGGGGCCUUCUUUCGUUAUAUGAGGCAGCCCAUUAAGCAAGAGCUCAUAUGUAAAUGGGUAGAGCCCGAACAGUUGACGAAUCCUAAAAAAUCCUGCAACAAAACUUUUAGCACGAUGCACGAACUGGUUACUCAUGUAACAGUGGAACACGUUGGGGGACCAGAACAGUCGAACCAUAUCUGUUUCUGGGAAGACUGUUCAAGAGAGGGAAAGCCUUUCAAAGCCAAAUAUAAACUUGUAAAUCACAUCAGAGUCCACACUGGUGAGAAACCAUUUCCCUGUCCAUUCCCUGGCUGUGGCAAAGUCUUUGCCAGAUCAGAAAAUCUCAAGAUCCACAAAAGAACUCACACAGGCGAGAAGCCAUUCAAGUGUGAGUUCGAGGGGUGCGACAGGCGUUUUGCUAACAGCAGCGAUCGCAAAAAGCACAUGCACGUGCACACUUCUGACAAGCCGUACCUCUGCAAAAUGUGUGACAAGUCCUACACUCAUCCCAGCUCUCUACGAAAACACAUGAAGGUCCACGAAGCAUCCUCUCAAGGAUCACAGCCCUCUCCUGCGGCAAGUUCUGGCUACGAAUCCUCAACACCCCCCACCAUCGUGUCGCCGACAACAGAAAACCAGACCAACAGUUCAAUGUCCCCAACAUCGUCUGCAGUCCACCACACAUCCAACCACAGCACGCUUUCAUCGAACUUUAACGAAUGGUACGUUUAAGCAAACAUACAUCAAAAAGUACAAAAACAUACAAAAAAAAACUUUUCAAAAAAGACUCCAAAGUUACGAUCGCGAGGAAUCAAAGACAAAAAAAAAGCUGCCAAUAGACGCCGAGAGGAAUAAAAAGGAAGAAACCAAAACCUUUGAAAGGUUCCAUAGUAGCGAAUUUUAAAAUGCAUGUAGGACGAUGCUAUUUCUCUAGCCAUUGCCUAGUGCUAGGUUUAAAGAAAGAACUGAUAAAGCUCUGAAAUUGCAUGUGUUCUAUGGCAGCGGCCUUUUCUCUUUCCUUUUUGUAAAUAUAGAAUUACUAGUUUAAGAGUCUAAUGUUUGAACCUUGUACAUAGGCAUAUCACAGGGGAUUUGUCAACGUGGUAUUUGCAUAUCUGGGCGACGGUUGGAAAAAUGCAAUUAUUUGUUUAUGGAUGGCAAAAAAAAGUUACUAUAGUCGAUGUGUACCAAAAUGUGAAUUACUUUGUAUUUCAGUCUCAACUGAGCAUCAGAAAGCUAGCAGAUACUAUUGUUAUUAAUGUGCUUUUUGUAUCCAGUGCAAACCUUUCGUCCCAAAGUCCAGUCGGAGUAGUGAAGUGUUCAAAGUGUUGCUUGUUAUGUCAAAAAAAUCGUAGUGCAAGCUUGGAACUCCGUGUUAAAAUGUAACUUUGUUUUAUGUAAGACUUGAUAUUGAAGCAAAAUAAGAAAUUUAUCUCUUCAUUGCCUUCGCAGUUGCGAUAAAUUUAUGUAUAUAUUCCCAAUCUCCAUAUUUAUCCGCAUGUACGUAAAUUACCGGUAUUACGUGUUACAGAUAUUCGAUAUUUAUGAAAGAUGCAUUCGUAUGUAAAACC